GAUUAAGGAGAAAUUACUACACAAGCUUGAACAGGGAAGGUUUUAUCCUGUUAAAGAAUAUUCUAGACCAGCUGCAGGGAUGCGGAGCCCAGCUCCUUCAGAUAUUAGAACAGUAGGUUGCCUGGUGAAAACUGUAAACUACCUGUGCAGUACAGUGUACACUAACAGUACUGCAGCAUCACGCAAUAUAAUCUUCGAUUUCAUGUUUGACAGAUUAAGAGCAGUUAGACAGGAUUUAAUCCUUCAGAAUGUAGAGGAUAAGUCUGCCUGCCAGAUACUUGCACAGAUUGUCAGAUUUCAUGUGGUGAGCAGCUUGUUACAAAAGGAGUACACAAUAGACAAGUUUGAUCCUGUGCGUAAUAGUUCUCAUCUUCUGGAAUGCGUAAAAUCUGUUCUAAUACUGCAGAAUUUGAACGAUGUCGUUGACGAAGAAAGAGAGGAAAUGAAUUCCAUUUAUAUCCUUAGUAAUCUGAGUUCCAGUGCACCAUUGAUGUGGGCGACAAAUCUACCAGACAAUUUGAGAAAAUCCGAAAAUAUCUCCAAAUCAUUCCAGUUGGCACUUCUGUACAGACAGAACAACUUUGUCAGAUACUUCCGGUUGUUGCAAUCCCUCCCUCCCCUCCUGCAGAUUGCCGCGUUGAAGUUUACAGAAAAAAUGGCGGUCCACGCUUUAAAAGUGUACAGUGUCGCGUAUCAUAGUGUACAGUGUAAAUACCCUCUGGCGGAUUUGUCAAAAACUUUUUUCCUUAAACAAUGUGUGAUGGCAGACCUGUGUACAAAGCUGGGUUUACAGUUGGAAGGGGACAAUGUUAAAUUCCAAAAAUCGAAAAUUCCAACUAUUGAAGAUGAAUCUACGCUCAACAUUUUUGACUUCAAUAAUGCUUCAAAGAGUUUACAUGUAAUCAGAUAAAUUUGUAUUAUUCUACAGUGGUAGGCAAUUAUAUCAAUAAAAUGAAGACGACUUUCGA